AUAGCCAGGAGUGAGUGAGAGACAGAGGCAGAGAAAAAAGAGAGAGGGGAACUAGUACCAAACCACAAAAGUCCAGUUUGCUUUGGACCAAAUUGAGAUAGACAGAGCCAGAAGACAGAAGAAAGAGAGAGAUCAGCACUUGUCCUGCCUAUCUCACAACGGAGAACAGCAGUUUACUGUUACGGCAGCAGGUUCUCUCAGCAGGAUAUUACAUCAGCAGCAGAACUGAGCAAACUACAGCCAGAAACCUUCCCGCAAUCACACAUAGCUAAAGCGCAUCCCAUCUGCCUACAGCUGUGUUGGAACGUGGGCAUAACUGCACAGAAUGUCUAAACAGCCAUCGACCAAUGUAAAAGCCCUGCAGGCCAACCUCAAUAUUCCGAUGGGGGCUUUGCGUCCUGGGGCGGGACUUCCUGUGAAGAGGAGAGAGGAUGCAGUAGAAACAGAGGAGGGAUCCCCAGCCACUCCAGAUGACAAAAAGCCCCUGCCUGGUGCUGUGAAACUACCGGGCCCUGCCGUCAACCUCUCUGAGAUCCAAAAUGUUAAGAGUGAGCUCAAAUGGGUCACAAAAGACUAAACAACAGGUGACUCCAUCCCCAGCCCCUUUGCAUCCCAGGCAUUGGUUACUCUCUCCAUCCAAUCAGAUUAAAGCAUUUACCAUAAACUCCCUGAGCAUCAAUUACAACAGAAUCAAUGACAAGCCUUAAUGACGACACCACUGAUCCGAGAAUACGAGGGGGUGGAUUUUAGCAGAGAAAAGACUGAUGACAAUUUACCAGUUAGAAGCUCUGGCUCAAGACCAUGUCUUUCUAAAAUAGGUCUUCUCUGUUUAAACCUCCCUGUAUGCUAUCCUGUUCUGUAUUUUGUGUUUUUAAAUUUACUGUGUGUAUAGUAUAGGAAUACUGUAUUCUACUACUAUAAUGUAUAGAGUUAUAUAGUGCUUUUUAUCUUGAAUCAUAGACAAUUUAUAAGGCUACUGGCAUUGAAUGGAACAAUAAUAUAAUGCCGUAAUUCAUCCAUGCUUCAAGAAAAUCACAUAAAAUGUCUUGAAUUAUUCAUCUUGAUCAAAUGUGACACUGAAAAAUCUAUUUUCUUUAUAGUUUUCUCUUAAAUCAACUCAUCUUUUUCCAUUCCCUCUCUGUCUCCAUCUUUGGCUUUGUCCUCGUGUAUUGCAGUAUAUGAGUAGGCUGUUGCAUAAUAAAACACGAUUUAGCGUUCUCUCCAGUGCAAGCCUGUAGGAGGAUGAAGCCAGCACUUGUUUUCCUUGAACAAAAAGAACUGGAUUUCAAAUGGCGCACCAUCAGUUUGUUAUGUACAUAAACCAGGAGUUGUUUAACAGUGUAAAGCUCCUCUUUUCCUCCCCUGUAAAUCACAUCGCUUGUGUCUAUACUGCUUAAACAGCUCCUAGCAGUUGAAGGUGUCCUGUACUUUGAAAGUGUCCUUAUUAAAGAUCAUGCAUUCAUCCUUA